UUUGCUGGAAAACGGAGAAACAUGUGCUUCCUUCUCCCACUUCACAGUUCACGCUCUAGCCCCAGCCCCCCACCUUCGGAAACCCCGAUCUCCGGCAAUGUCACUCCACCAGCGGCCGCACCAGAAGCCGCUGGGCGCCGACUCCCUCCCCGUCUCCACGGGCCCCGCUAACGCCGCUCCUUCCCGCCCUCUGCCCCUCCUCACGCUCCCCUACCUCUUCUCCCUUCUCGCGCUCCUCCUCCUGCUCGCCCUCCUCUUCCCCUGGGGGCCGCCCCGCCACUCCGCGCCGGCCUCCCCGUGGCGCUCCUACACGCUCCAAGACGCCGCCGCCUUCGCCGCGGCCUCCGGCAACGGCACCAUCAUCCUCGCCGCCAUCUCCGGGCCGUACCUCCCCUUCCUCUCCAACUGGCUCAUCAGCGUCCGCCGCGCCGGCCGCGCUAACCAGGUGCUCGUCAUCGCCGAGGACUACGAGACCCUCGAGCGCAUCAAUGCCGCAUGGCCCGGCCACGCCGUCCUCGUGCCCCCCGCGCCCGAUGCCCAGGCCGCUCACAAGUUCGGGUCACAGGGUUUCUUUAACUUCACCUCGCGGCGGCCGCGACACCUGCUGCAGAUUCUCGAGCUGGGGUACAGCGUCAUGUACAAUGACGUCGACAUGGUGUGGCUUGCCGACCCGUUUCCAUAUCUAGUCGGCAACCACGACGUGUACUUCAUGGACGACAUGACUGAAGUGAAGCCACUGAAUCAUUCACAUGCGCUGCCGCCGUCAGGUAAGAAGGGGCGGCCAUACAUUUGCAGCUGUAUGAUCUUCCUGCAGCCAACAGAAGGGGCAAAGCUGUUGAUGAGGAAGUGGAUUGAGGAGCUCAAGGAACAGCCCUGGUCGAGGAAAGCGAAAUCAAAUGAUCAGCCAGCAUUCAACUGGGCUUUACUAAAGACUGCUGGGCAGGUGGAUGUGUAUCUAUUACCUCAGUCCGCUUUUCCAACUGGAGGUCUAUAUUUCAAGAAUAAAACAUGGGUCAAGGAGACAAAGGGCAAGCAUGUCAUUAUACAUAACAACUACAUAACAGGGUUUGAGAAGAAGAUAAAACGCUUCCGUGAUCAUAAACUCUGGCUGGUGGAUGAACACGGUGACGAGUCACCACUUGCAUCACAGUUUUGUGGAUGGUGUCUGCCCAACCAGAUGUGAUCCACCACAUGGAAUUCAACAAUCGAAUUCGAACACCAGAUCCGUAGGCAGAGCACUCCAUUUCCAUUUGUACAUCAAGGCCCUCAGGGGCUACGCUUUCUCAUGCAGUUCAUCUUUCUGAAGUACAUCUUUGUAACUGGAAAUGGCUGGUCGAGGAGACCACCAGAACAAGAGCAACGCCGUUGCCUUGGCCUCACACAAGGAACACCGGCGGCACGCACGCCCCCACAUAUACUCCCCCCCAGCCCCCGUGCUUGCAUGUGCACAAGAAACCUCCUUUCUUCUCACCACAGCAGGAAGGAAACCCACCCUCCUACGUCGGCAAAGAUCAGAUCAAUGGGUCAGGCCGUCGCCAAGGCAAAGCAAGAGGCCGGGCGGGCUACGCAGAAGGCCGACAAGGACGGCAAGGCUGUAGCCAACCAUAAUAACGCCAAGGAGCAGCUCAUCGAAUUUAUGGAUAAGAACUAUGAUAAAGUCGAGCCUACGAAAACCUUCGAUGAGUUUUACCACGCCAUCUUCGAACUCAUCGAGAAUUCUCAUUUGAUUCCUACGCCUUUACGGAUUAAAAGUUCACGCAUGCGUAUAAACAGACAGUUUUGUGAGGAACAAGGGCAGCUGCAGUACAGGAUGCCAUCAAAAGAUAAACUCGCGGAAGUGUACAAGGCUCUUAGGAAACCGGAUGGAGUAAACCUCACCAAGGGUCAGUUCCACACGAUCACUGAGAACCUCGUCACGGUGCACAGCUUCAGCUUCGGCAAAGCCGCCUUCGACGUGCUCGUGGUCCUCUUCGGCGCGCCGAUGUGCGCGCUCCUCGUCAAGAGGGUCGUCCCCGGUCUCAAGUCCUUCUCCGACGACGUCGUCAUCCCCGUGGCCACCUCCGGCGCCGUCGUGUACCUGGCCAAGACCAACAAGCUGUGAGCCGGCGGAUUAUAUACAAGUGUAACUACUACUACUACUAGCUUACCACAAGAAGAAAAAUAAUGUGUCGAAUCGUAAUGAUGCAACUGUGUGGUGGCUCGAUCGCGUCCAGAUUGCAAAAUCUGUAAAAAAAUAUCUGUAAAGAUGAUUGAAACUUUUAGUGAUUUUUCUCUGUUCU